AUGUUUACUGAUAAAGGAAAACUGAACCUAUCGAUGGAGACUGAGGCUGAAUUUGUUGAGGGGAAGGUGGAUUGGAAGGGAAGAAAAGCUUUGAAGCACAAGCAUGGUGGGAUGAGAGUUUCUUUGCUCAUUCUGGCAGCAUUUGGUUUUGAGAGCUUGGCGAUUGUAGCACUUGCUGUCAACUUGGUGACAUACUUCAACGGAGUGAUGCACUUUGAGCUGGCUGAAGCAGCUAACCAGCUCACAAACUUCAUGGGGACUAGUUACAUCCUCUCCAUACUGGCAGCCAUUCUCGCCGACACUUUCAUUGGCAGAUUCAAACUGCUCAUUUCAGCCUCGAUCCAAUUACUGGGACUAGCACUCCUAACAGUGCAAGCUCACUACCCAAAGCUCCGACCACCGCCGUGCAACGUUUAUCUUACUUCCCACUGCAAGAAAAUCAGUGGUGGAGAUGCUGCUCUCCUAUUCCUCAGCCUAUACUUGUUGGCAACCGGCAGCGCGGGCAUGAAGGCCUCCCUGCCAGCCCAUGGUGCUGACCAGUUUGAUGAAAGAAAUCCACGGGAGGCGAGGCAGAUGUCGAGCUUCUUUAACUGCAUCUUGCUGUCUGUAUGCACCGGGGCGGUGGCGAGCCUGUCAGUGGUUGUCUGGAUCCAAGUUAACAAAGGAUGGGACUGGGGGUUUGGCUUGUCUACCUUUGCCAUGAUCUUGGCAAUAAUCAUCUUCGCCGUGGGAUUGCCACUGUACCGUAUUCAGCUAGUUCAGAAAUCGAAUGCCAUCAUUGAAAUCAUUCAGGUAUAUGUAGCUGCAAUCAGCAAACGAGAUCUUCAACUUCCUAAGGACCCGAAAGAGCUUUAUGAACUUGAUAAAGACGGAGAAGCAGCGUUGGAAGCAGAAUUUUUACCUCACACUGAAAGUUUCAGGUUUCUUGACAAAGCAGCCAUGCAGACAGCUUCUCCGGAGCAAUAUGGAGGUGCGAAAGGGCCAAAUCGAUGGGCGUUGUGCCGGGUCACACAAGUGGAGAAUGCCAAAAUCAUAUUAGGCAUGGUCCCUAUCUUCUGUUGCACCAUCAUCAUGACUCUAUGCCUUGCUCAGCUUCAAACCUUCUCCAUCCAACAAGGCCAAACCAUGGACACAAGCAUCACUAGCUCCUUCCACAUUCCACCAGCCUCCCUGCCCAUCAUCCCAUUCGCCUUCUUGAUUGUCAUCAUCCCAGUCUAUGACCAGGUCUUUGUACCCUUUGUGCGCAAGCUCACAGGCCACCCUGCUGGCAUCACGCACCUGCAGCGCAUUGGGGUUGGUCUGGUCCUGUCCUCUAUCUCGAUGGCAGUGGCUGCGGCUGUUGAGGUCAAGCGAAAAGCUGUGGCAAGGAACCGCCACAUGCUCGAUGCGAUGCCUGUGCUCCAACCUCUCCCAAUCAGCGUGUUCUGGCUGUCCUUCCAGUACUUCAUUUUCGGGAUUGCGGACUUGUUCACAUAUGUGGGGCUCCUCGAGUUCUUCUACUCUGAAGCGCCGAAGGAGCUCAAAUCGGUCUCAACUUGCUUCUUCUGGAGCUCCAUGGCACUCGGAUACUUCUUCAGCACGAUAAUGGUGAAGAUCGUGAAUGGUGUGACGAAUGGGAUAACGAGGAGUGGAGGCUGGUUGGCCGGGAACAACAUUAACCGGAACCAUUUGAACCUGUUCUACUUGUUGCUUUCCAUGCUUAGCUUGAUCAACUUCUUCGCCUAUUUGAUUACAGGAGUCACCAAUGAAAGCAACACCAGGUGA